GGGACACAAUGGGACACAAUAUGACCCCCAACCCCCCCCAUUUAACCCCUCCCUGCCCCCCAUCGCAGGGCAUCGGCUGCUACAUGUUCCGCAUCGACGACGCCGAGGUGGUGGACGCGACGAUGCACGGCAGCGCGGCGCGCUUCAUCAACCACUCUUGCGAGCCCAACUGCUACUCGCGCGUCAUCCACGUGGAGGGCCACAAGCGCAUCGUCAUCUUCGCCCUGCGCCGCAUCCUGCGCGGCGAGGAGCUCACCUACGACUACAAGUUCCCCAUCGAGGAGCCCGCCGCCAAGCUGCCCUGCAACUGCGGGGCCAAGCGCUGCCGCCGCUUCCUCAACUGAGGGGGGGGAGAUGGAAAAG